ACCGGAAGGUCGGACCGAACCGGAACCCGCCCGGUUUACACAAAAACGGAAGCUCCUUCGUUUCUUUCUCCCUUUCUCCCUUUCUUUCUUUCAUUCAGAAAGAAAUCGCACAAACCCAGCCAAAAAACCCUAGCACUGUAAGCCUAUACCACCGCCGCAAGGAGUGGCAUACUGCCGCCGUCCGUCGCACUCAAAGUUCGCCAUCCGUCCGUCUAUCUAGCUUCCCUCGUGCUCCAACUCUUCAACCCCUGUUCGCUGUCACCGAUAGCGGCUGCUUCCUCGAGCUCAGCGUCCGUCGUCUUUGAUUGCUCAGCCGCGCUUCCGUCGCCGUUUGCUUGCCGUUCACGUUCGCGUCUUCGUUCAGCCGUCGUCUUCGUUCGCGUUCUUCGCCGUUCACGUUCGCUUGGCGUUCACCGUUCGCGUUCACUCGCCGUUCACCGUUCGAGUUCGCAUUCGCGUUCGUCUGGAAGCCACGUUGCUCUGCUUCAAACUCUGCGACCAACCCGCGUGCUCCACCUAGCCGUCGAACUGCUCUCUUUUAUUGUAGAAAGAAGAAGACUGAUGAUGUCUGGAUACGUUAGACGUGCGUUGUCCUGUAGGAACUUUUUUAUGCUUUGGAGUUCUGCUCGUCAGGGUUUUGAUACCACUCACAUUAUCAGAUCACCAAUUAACACUCAGAUCUUUGAUAACAAUAGAGAUUUAUCCGUUCCAGCGGCUAAUUUUAUCAUAGAAAGUCGCAGAUCCUUUGCUAAAGGAAGGAGGUUAAAGGAUGAAGCCGGUGUCAGUACCAUUGAAGUUCCACCAAAUGUUGGGCCUAAUAUCAAGGCAAGUGCUAUGUCACAGAUGGAGGCUGCAAUGGCUGCGCUAUCAACUGAACUAAGCAAACUACGAACUGGAAGGGCCUCUCCAGGAAUGCUGGACCACAUUAUUGUAGAAACUGGCGGUAUUAAGAUGCCUUUGAAUCGGAUUGCUGUUGUUUCAGUCAUGGAUCCAAAAACAUUAUCUGUUAAUCCCUAUGAUCCAGAGACACUUAAACAAUUAGAGAAUGCCAUUGUUUCAUCACCAUUGGGGUUAAAUCCUAAAGCAGAUGGUGAGAGAUUAAUUGCCGUUAUCCCACCAUUGACCAAAGAGCACAUGCAGGCCAUGACUAAGUUGGUUGCUAAAUCUUGUGAAGAUGCUCGACAAAGUAUUAGAAGAGCACGACAAAAGGCAAUGGAUGCAAUUAAGAAAUUGUAUUCAAGCCUCCCAAAGGAUGACAUAAAAAGAUUGGAGAAAGAGGUUGAUGAUUUGACCAAAAAAUUUAUCAAGAAUGCAGAAGAUACAUGCAAGGCAAAGGAGAAAGAAAUUAGUCAAGGUUGAUUUGUAGUUUCAUUGCUAACAUCGUUGAAGCUUGACUGUAUUAUCUGUAGGAAUUUGUUGGUAUUCUGGCAAUUUUUUUAAUAUACAUAAAAUGAGCAUGGCAAUUUCAACCUUGACUGUGUUUUGAUUAAUAGAUAAUAGAAAGUAAUUGAAUGGAGUGGAAUUAUAUUUUUGUUUGAAUAGUUUAAAUGAGAUGAACAUUUCAUGAUUUCACAA